GUAAAUUUAUAUGAUGAACUGAUGACGGGACAAACCUAUUAUUUUGAAUUGGUUCAUCUCUUGGCUCAUCGUAUAAAACAGACUGAAUUAAUAAGCACGUGCCCACGAUGAGCCCAUCAUGGGCUCGUCGGUUUCAGAUGAACCAAUUUGAAUAAGUUCAUCUUUGGCUCGUUGUCAUUUUACACGAUGGGACGAUCGAUUGAUGAACCAAUUCAAAACUGGCGCCGGUCCGCAAAUUUGUCUUUGAAUACGUAAAUGAGCAUGCGCAGUACAGUGCAGCAUAAUUUCGCACAGCCAAACAAAAUGGCUGCGUUCAGGAAACUUGUUACGUCAAUCUCUUCGGAAUGUGGCAAUAAUGUCGAUUCAGCCGAAGAAACUUUGGUUUGGAGUAGCGACGAAGGUAAUGCUCAGUCAAGUGUUGCUGACAAUCCUGCAGAAAGCUACGAGGAAAGCGAAAAAGAAAGUGACUCUGAAAGUGGCGUUGGGGCGCCUAGAAAAAGGCGCCGACUAGGCCUAAAAACAGUUGUUUCAUGCAGUGAAGAAGAUCUCGAGAAAGAUUCAAACAAACCAGUUUCAAGAAAACAACAAGAAACGCUACAGCAAACAACUCUCCCAGUGAAAAAGGCUAAGGGCAAAUCAGGACCUAAGGCUAUUUGGUCUACAGAGCUAUUGAAUGAUUUGGUGGACAUUGUUGCAAACAAUGACAGCUACAAAAGGAAACUGAUAUUUACCAAUAUGCCCAAAGCCAGCAAUGCUGAGGUUUACCGUAAUAUUGUCAAAGAUAUGAAUAGCAGAUGUCAAGAGCGAGGGAAAACAUUCACACUGAGUCUUUGUCAAACACGAAACAAAUUCAAAAAACUUAUGAGCAUUUGCAAGUCUGCACUUUUGACAAUGAAGACUGCUUCUGGAAUUAAACGUUUUCAGGAUGACAAGCAAUUUGGCUCAUGGUUUCAUGUCCUUACCCAAAUUAUGAAAUCAAGACCGUCAUGCCAGCCAGAUCAAGGUAUAGAGCCAGGCUCCUAUUCAACAAAUCUUUCUGACCAAACAGGAUUAGCUUAUGAUGAUAUUAUAAAUACAGCUUCACCAUCUCCAUCUACCUCGUCAGAUGGUAGCAACAGCCUUGAUUCCUCUACCCCCAAGCCAGGCAAGAUUUAUGUACCAAUAAAAUCAAAGAAAGUAUCUAAAAAAUCUGCUAGCAAUGAAGGAGUUAUUAAUGAGAUACUAACACAAAUAAAGACUGUUAUAGACUAUAAGCAGAAUUCAAUUGCCGAGCUAACAAGUUUUUUCAAAGAAGAAAAUGAACGCGCAAGACAACAUGAGCUGGAGCUAUUUAAAGUGAUGUUUCAGCAAGCUCCUGCCAAUAAUUAUCAAAACCAUUCAGCAAUGCCAAGCACACAAGAUUUAGAGCCAGAAUUUCAAAGAAUGCAGAAUCUGCAUUCAAAUACAAACAUGGGAAAUCACCAUCAAGCCUUUGUCACAAGUUUACCAAAUCAAUCAUUGUUUACACCUUGGCUUGCACCAGCUGGAUCUGAAAACAACUUUUCCCAAGAUAGAGACAGUAAUAGAAGUUUCUUACAGUUGUGA